GAGCAAGUAGGGGGCAAAAGGACAAGAAAGGAAAGUUAUGAUAUCAUCAAUUUAUCGUCUUUACUUCCUCCCUCCAUUCCAAUCUCUCUCAUUUAUUUUCUCCCUCCACCUUCCUCUUUCCUUUCUUCCUUCCAACUCUAAAACAAAUCUUCCCUUUUUUUCCCAGAAAACCCAAACCAACCCCUCUUCUUUUUCUCUCUCUUCUUCAUCUUUCACUCUCCUACUUCCACCAAUCUUCAAUUAACAAACAAUCAAACAAACCCCACAAAAAAAAAAUCGUAAAUUGGUUCAUCAAUUUCCCCAAUCUUCAAUCAAUUGAAUUGAAGAUUGAUUGUCAAAUUCACCAAUGUUUUAAUCAAAUUAAAUCCCCUUUUUCUCAAACCAAAAAACACCCAAUAAUUAGAAAUGAUCCGAAUGUUGCAAUCUCACUACAUUUUGAUCUUCUCUCUAAUCUUAUCUCUUCCAAUGUUCUACUUCUUUGCUCCUCAUUUUCUCUCUCCUCACCCUCGCCAACUCCCAAUUCCUCGCCCAGAUGAACUGGAAGAUCUUUCCCUCUUCAAUCGUGCAAUUUCAUCUUCAUUCUCUUCGCCAUCUUCGUCUUCAACUUUUUCGUUUUCCAGAUUAGGGUCUCACAACCCAACUUUGAAGAUCGCUUUCCUGUUCCUAACACACACUGAUCUCUUCUUCUCUCCUUUGUGGGAUCGUUUCUUCAAUACUAGUUCACCUAAACUGUUCAACAUCUAUGUUCAUGCUGACCCAGAUUCUCAUCUCAAAGACCCAGGUGGGUUUUUCGAUGCUAGAUUUAUACCAAGUAAGCACACUGAACGAUCUUCUGCUACUUUGAUUUCUGCUGCUAAAAGAUUAAUGGCAACUGCUAUAUUAGAUGAUCCUUUGAAUUUCUAUUUUGCGUUGGUUUCUCAAUCCUGUAUACCUUUACAUUCGUUUGAUUAUGUGUAUAAGACCCUUUUAGGUGGGGGGAGUAAGGGGAAUGCUUUUGGAUUUCGACAUGUUCGUCAUAAGAGCUUUAUUGAGAUUCUAGACAAUGAGACUAUUCUUCCCUCGAGGUAUGUUGCUCGAGGGAAGAAUGUGAUGAUGCCUGAGGUACCUUUCGAUCAAUUUCGGGUCGGGUCACAGUUUUUUGUGUUGACUAAGAAGCAUGCUUUGAUGGUUUUGAAGGAUAGGAAAUUGUGGAGGAAGUUUAGGCUUCCUUGUUAUAAGACUGAAUCAUGUUACCCUGAAGAGCAUUAUUUCCCUACAUUGUUGAAUAUGAAAGAUCCUAAUGGUUGUACUCAAUAUACUCUUACAAGGGUUAAUUGGACUGAUAGUGUUAAUGGACAUCCUCAUAUGUACCGUCCGCCUGAGGUGUCGCCCGAGUUGAUCUAUACUCUUCGGCAGUCUAAUUAUACUCAUGAUUACUUGUUCGCGAGGAAGUUCUCACCCGAUUGCUUGAAGCCUUUGAUGGAGAUGGCUGAUACUGUUAUCUUCAAUGACUGAGCAAUUUUGUUUGUGAUGUCUGGUCUUAAAUUUUGUUUUCUUGAAUGGGGAGAGGAUCUGUUGUAGCAACACCUCUGAUGCUUUCCCUUGAGCCAUCAGUAAUUAUCUUGAAGCUGCUCAACUGGAAAAUCAACUGCCAACAGCAAAAUUACCCUGCUGGUAUGUUGGUUCAGAAAUGUCUUGAAUUAUACAAUACCACGGCAAUAAGAGCUAGCUUGACGCUCUUUGUUGUUAGAAGUGCUAGUUUUUUUCUGUACAUAAAUGGUAAAGAAUGUGUUUGUACCAUAUCAUAUCAAGUAGCAUGAAUAUUCGACGGGGGCGGGGCUAUCGACCUUUGUUGAUAUGUAGUGGAAUUCGCAAGUCCCUUGCUCUUAGCCUGUCUGCUCAAUGUAGGCGUAGAGAGAACUCAAAAUUCCGUAUGGCUUUUUAUAAGAUAUGCUCAAUCAGUGUUAGAAUGAUGCCUCAAGGCCUCAAUAGUAAGCUUCGUUUUGGUUUCUUUUUCUUUCUGUUCAAUGUUCUCUUCUUUUGACCCCUAUUUUUCUGGUCAUUUCAACACUUUUGACUAAUAUCUGAGAAUCUCAUGUUGAAUGA